GCGGGCAACAUGGCUGCCCCCAGAGGGCCGCUUCCGGAGACUUGUGGGAGUAGCCCUGACCCACAGCUAUACCACCGCGGACGCCCGGGGCGCUCACCGCGGAUCCUUGGUCGCGCUCGGGUAGCUCUGCAAGGCGGCGGCUGGAGAGGGAGCCAUGGGGGCCGUGCAUGCCCGGAGUUUGGAGCCGCUCCCCGCCAGCGGGCCCGAUUUUGGAGGAUUAGGCGAAGAAGCUGAAUUCGUCGAAGUUGAACCUGAAGCUAAACAGGAAAUCCUGGAAAACAAAGAUGUAGUGGUGCAGCACGUGCAUUUCGAUGGGCUCGGAAGGACCAAGGAUGACAUCAUCAUAUGUGAGAUCGGGGAGGUUUUCAAGGCUAAGAACCUCAUUGAGGUCAUGCGCAAGUCUCACGAAGCCCGUGAAAAGUUGCUCCGGCUCGGGAUCUUUAGACAAGUGGAUGUUCUGAUUGAUACGUGCCAAGGCGAUGACGCGCUUCCCAACGGGCUGGAUGUCACCUUCGAGGUGACGGAGUUGAGGAGGCUGACGGGCAGCUACAACACCAUGGUCGGGAACAACGAAGGCAGCAUGGUCCUCGGCCUCAAACUCCCCAACCUGCUGGGCCGUGCAGAGAAGGUGACUUUCCAGUUUUCCUAUGGCACCAAGGAAACGUCCUAUGGCCUGUCCUUCUUCAAACCGCGGCCUGGAAACUUUGAGAGAAAUUUCUCCGUAAACAUAUACAAGGUCACCGGGCAGUUCCCGUGGAGCUCGCUGCGAGAGACAGACCGAGGAGUGUCCGCUGAGUACAGUUUCCCCGUGUGGAGGACCAGCCACACCGUCAAGUGGGAGGGCGUGUGGCGCGAGCUGGGCUGCCUCUCCAGGACCGCGUCCUUCGCCGUGCGCAAGGAGAGUGGACACUCGCUGAAGUCUUCGCUCUCGCACGCCAUGGUCAUCGACUCCCGGAAUUCCUCCAUCCUGCCCAAAAGAGGGGCGCUGCUCAAGGUGAACCAGGAGCUGGCAGGCUACACUGGCGGGGACGUGAGCUUCCUGAAGGAGGACUUCGAGCUGCAGCUGAACAAGCAGCUGGUGCUGGACUCAGUGGUCUCUGUGUCGCUGUGGGGUGGUAUGCUGGUGCCCAUUGGGGACAAGCCGUCCAGCAUCGCUGACAGGUUCUACCUCGGAGGACCCACCAGUGUCCGAGGCUUCAGCAUGCACAGCAUCGGACCCCAGAGCGAAGGGGACUACCUGGGCGGCGAGGCGUACUGGGCCGGCGGCCUGCACCUGUACACGCCGCUGCCCUUCCGGCCGGGCCAGGGCGGCUUCGGAGAGCUCUUCAGGACCCACUUCUUCCUCAAUGCGGGGAACCUCUGCAACCUCAACUACGGGGAGGGCCCCCGCGCGCACAUCCGCAAGCUGGCUGAGUGUAUCCGCUGGUCCUACGGCGCGGGCAUCGUCCUGCGGCUUGGCAACAUCGCGCGGCUGGAGCUCAACUACUGCAUCCCCAUGGGCGUGCAGCAGGGAGACAGGAUAUGUGACGGCGUCCAGUUUGGAGCUGGGAUAAGGUUCCUGUAGCCGCCCCGGGGUCCUCACAGCCACACGAGCUGGGCCUCAUCCUCGCCGGACAUGGUGUCAAUAAAUUGCGAAGCUUUGCACUCGGCCGCA